AUGGAACAAAAGAAAAAAAGGGGUGAAAAUUGGAGUUCAGAAGAAAAAGAAAUAUUACGUACUUUUAUUGCUCAAUCAGCACCUAUUUUAGAAGAUAAGUCGACGAAAACGUGCGUAAACAUGAAAAAAAUAAAAGAGUGGAAGAAUAUAACUAAUAAAUUUAAUGAGAUAACAGGUAAAUGCCGAUCAGAUGGGGAAUUGAAGUUAGCUUGGAAGAGGAUGAAGUUGUCGGCUAAAUCAAACCUAUGUACAUAUAGGAGGGAACGAUCAAAAACAGGGGGUGGCGAAAAACCACUAUCACCUACUCCUGAGGACUUACAAAUUAUGGCAAUUGCUCCUCACGACUUUGUCAUUGAAGUUAACGAUUAUGAUAGUGAUGCAGUGAAUCCAGUGACUGUGGCUACAACUACAAAAGAAAUAUUUGCUGACCCUAAGCCUUGCCCUAGUUUUAAUAAAAAUGACACACCAGUAGUUAUAAACAUAGAAUAUCCAGAACUCAAUGUCGAGGUGCAAGAGAUAUCAAACGAUCCAACUACGGACACAGAAAUGAAAAUAACCAACAAUGAAACUGCUAAUACAAGGGGCAUUACAAAAACAAAAGACAGGAAAAAGGGCUUGCAAAAUAGAAGAGAAGAUAUACAGCAAACAAUCAUAAAAAGCAAUACAGAUUUUAAAAAAAGACAACUAGAAAUGAUGGAAGAGGAACAUAAAUACAACAUUAAAAUAGCCAAAUUAAAAAUUAAAAAAUUAGAAUUACAAAUAUCUUUGUUAGAAAGUCAAAAAAAUACAAGUUAA